CUCCGUCCCCCUCCCUCCCUGGCCGAUGCGGCUGCAGCCUCCGCCCCGCGCUCGCUCCCCGCGUCGCCGCUGCCGCACCUGCCACCAUGUCGCCGCCACCGGGUCAUGUCUGACUCGCUCUGGACCACGCUUUCCAAUUUCUCGAUGCCCUCCUUCCCCGGUGGCAGCAUGUUCCGUCGCACCAAGAGCUGCCGCACCAGUAACCGGAAAAGCCUCAUCCUGACCAGUACUUCACCCACGCUGCCCAGACCCCACUCACCACUGCCGGGCCACUUGGGUAGCAGUCCUCUGGACAGCCCUCGAAACUUCUCCCCCAAUACCCCUGCCCACUUCUCCUUUGCCUCUUCCCGAAGGGCUGACGGACGCCGCUGGUCUUUGGCCUCACUCCCCUCAUCUGGCUAUGGCACCAACACACCCAGCUCCACCGUCUCGUCCUCCUGCUCCUCCCAGGAGCGCCUGCACCAGCUGCCCUACCAGCCCACGGUGGACGAGCUGCACUUCCUGUCCAAGCACUUUGGCAGCACCGAGAGCAUCACCGACGAGGAUGGCGGGCGCCGCUCCCCAGCAGUGCGCCCGCGCUCCAGGAGCCUCAGCCCCGGCCGCUCCCCCUCCUCCUAUGACAAUGAGAUCGUGAUGAUGAACCACGUGUACAAGGAGCGGUUCCCUAAGGCCACCGCCCAGAUGGAGGAGAAGCUGCGUGAUUUUGCCCGCGCCUACGAGCCUGACAGCGUGCUGCCGCUGGCCGACGGCGUCCUCAGCUUCAUUCACCACCAGAUCAUCGAGCUGGCCCGGGACUGCCUGACCAAGUCUCGAGAUGGGCUCAUCACCACAGUGUACUUCUAUGAGCUGCAGGAGAACUUGGAGAAACUGCUGCAGGACGCCUACGAGCGGUCAGAGAGUUUGGAGGUGGCCUUCGUCACACAGCUGGUGAAAAAACUGCUCAUCAUCAUCUCAAGACCUGCGAGGCUGCUUGAGUGCCUGGAAUUCAACCCAGAGGAGUUCUACCACCUACUGGAGGCAGCCGAGGGCCAUGCCAAGGAGGGCCACCUGGUCAAGACAGACAUCCCGCGUUACAUCAUCCGCCAGCUGGGCCUCACCCGCGACCCCUUUCCAGGUGCACCUAGGGCUCCUGGGGAUGUGGGGGAGCGGCCAGGCUCCUGGGAUCAUUGUCCCUUCCCCCUAGAUGUGGCCCACCUGGAGGAGCAGGACAGUGGGGGCUCAAACACACCGGAGCAGGAUGACCUCUCUGAGGGUCGUGGCAGUACCUCCAAGGCCAAGAAGCCCCCUGGGGAGAACGACUUUGACACCAUCAAGCUCAUCAGCAAUGGGGCCUAUGGGGCUGUCUACCUAGUGCGGCACCGUGACACGCGGCAGCGCUUUGCCAUGAAGAAAAUCAACAAGCAGAACCUGAUACUCCGGAACCAAAUCCAGCAGGCCUUUGUGGAGCGUGACAUCCUCACCUUCGCUGAGAACCCCUUCGUAGUUGGCAUGUUCUGCUCCUUUGAGACGCGGCGCCACCUUUGCAUGGUCAUGGAGUAUGUAGAAGGCGGUGACUGUGCCACCCUCCUGAAGAAUAUUGGGGCGCUGCCUGUGGAGAUGGCCCGCAUGUACUUCGCUGAGACGGUGCUGGCGCUGGAGUACCUGCACAACUACGGCAUUGUGCACCGCGACCUCAAGCCGGACAAUCUGCUCAUCACCUCCAUGGGCCACAUCAAACUCACUGACUUUGGCCUAUCCAAAAUGGGGCUCAUGAGCCUGACCACCAACCUGUACGAAGGCCACAUUGAGAAGGAUGCCCGGGAGUUCCUGGACAAACAGGUGUGCGGGACCCCUGAGUACAUCGCACCCGAGGUCAUCCUGCGCCAGGGCUAUGGGAAGCCGGUAGACUGGUGGGCCAUGGGGAUCAUCCUCUACGAGUUCCUGGUGGGCUGCGUGCCCUUCUUCGGGGACACACCGGAAGAGCUCUUUGGACAGGUCAUCAGUGAUGACAUCCUGUGGCCUGAGGGGGAUGAGGCACUGCCUGCAGACGCCCAGCUCCUGAUAUCCAGCCUCCUGCAGACCAACCCACUGGUCCGGCUAGGAGCAGGCGGCGCUUUUGAGGUCAAGCAGCACAGCUUCUUCCGAGACCUGGACUGGACAGGACUGCUGAGGCAGAAGGCUGAGUUCAUCCCCCAGCUGGAGUCAGAAGAUGACACGAGCUACUUCGACACCCGCUCUGACAGGUAUCACCACGUGAACUCCUAUGACGAAGAUGACACGACAGAAGAGGAGCCCGUGGAGAUCCGCCAGUUCUCCUCUUGCUCCCCGCGUUUUAGCAAGGUGUACAGCAGCAUGGAGCAGCUGUCACAGCACGAGCCCAGGACCCCAGUAGCGGCAGCAGGGGGCACCAAGCGGGAACCGAGCAGCAAGGGUCCAGAGGAGAAGGUGGCCGGCAAGCGGGAGGGGCUGGGCGGCCUGACCCUGCGCGAGAAGACCUGGAGAGGGGGCUCCCCCGAGAUCAAGCGCUUCUCAGCCUCUGAGGCCAGCUUCCUGGAGGGCGAGGCCAGCCCCCCGCUGGGCGCGCAUCGCAGGUUCUCAGCUCUGCUGGAGCCUAGCCGCUUCAACGCCCCGCAGGAGGACGAAGAUGAGGCCCGUCUGCGCAGGCCGCCCCGGCCUGGCUCCGAUCUCCCAGGCUCACUGGAGGCGCGGGCGCCCAAAGAGGGGGCUCCAGGGGAAGCCGCCUGCAGUGCCGGGGAUUCCGAAGCCACUGACCGCCCACGCCCAGGUGACCUCUGCCCGCCCUCAAAGGAAGGGGACUCAUCAGGCCCUAGGGCCACCAAUGACCUGGUUCUGCGCAGGGCACGGCACCAGCAGCUGUCAGGGGACCCGGCAGUAGAAAAGCGGCCUUCUCGAACUGGGGGCAAAGUCAUCAAGUCAGCCUCAGCCACUGCCCUGUCUGUCAUGAUUCCUGCAGUGGACCCACAUGGAAGUUCACCCCUUGCUAGUCCCAUGUCCCCACGAUCUCUCUCCUCCAAUCCCUCCUCCCGGGACUCCUCACCCAGCCGGGACUACUCUCCAGCUGUCAGUGGACUCCGCUCCCCCAUCACCAUCCAACGAUCAGGCAAGAAGUAUGGCUUCACACUUCGAGCCAUCCGCGUCUACAUGGGUGACUCUGAUGUCUACAGUGUCCACCACAUUGUUUGGCAUGUGGAGGAAGGGGGCCCUGCCCAAGAAGCAGGGCUCUGUGCCGGGGACCUCAUCACUCACGUGAAUGGGGAGCCUGUGCACGGCAUGGUGCAUCCUGAGGUUGUGGAGCUGAUCCUUAAGAGUGGCAACAAGGUGGCUGUGACCACCACACCUUUUGAAAAUACUUCCAUCCGUAUUGGCCCUGCAAGGCGCAGCAGCUACAAAGCCAAAAUGGCAAGGAGGAACAAGAGGCCCUCUGCCAAGGAAGGCCAGGAGAGCAAGAAGCGUAGCUCCCUCUUCAGGAAGAUCACGAAGCAGUCGAACCUGCUGCACACAAGCCGCUCGCUGUCGUCACUGAACCGCUCCUUGUCGUCCAGCGACAGCCUCCCAGGCUCCCCCACGCACGGUCUGCCCGCGCGCUCACCCACGCACAGUUACCGCUCCACGCCGGACUCCGCCUACCUAGGUGCCUCAUCUCAGAGCAGCUCGCCUGCCUCGAGCACGCCCAACUCGCCAGCGUCGUCUGCGUCGCACCACAUCCGGCCCAGCACGCUGCAUGGGCUAUCGCCCAAACUGCACCGCCAGUACCGCUCUGCACGCUGCAAGUCGGCUGGCAACAUCCCGCUGUCGCCUCUGGCACACACGCCGUCCCCUACGCAGGCGUCACCGCCUCCGCUGCCAGGCCACACCGUGGGCAGCUCGCACACCACGCAGAGCUUCCCAGCCAAGCUACACUCGUCGCCGCCGGUCGUGCGCCCCCGCCCCAAAAGCGCAGAGCCUCCGCGCUCUCCGCUGCUCAAGCGCGUGCAGUCAGCAGAGAAGCUGGGCGCCUCUCUGAGCGCCGACAAGAAGGGAGCGCUACGCAAACACAGCCUGGAGGUGGGCCACCCCGACUUCCGAAAGGAUUUCCACGGAGAGCUGGCUCUGCACAGCCUCGCGGAGUCUGAUGGCGAGACCCCGCCCACCGAGGGACCCGGCGCUGCGCGGCAAGUCGCCGUGCGCCGCCUGGGCCGCCAGGAGUCGCCCCUGAGUCUGGGCGCGGACCCGCUGCCGCCUGAGGGUACCCCUAGGCUGGGGACCUCGAGCAGGGACAGGGAGUCCCCUGGUGGUGGGGCCGAGGCCUGCACCCCGCCCCGCGCGAUCACCCCGGGCGCCCGGACCCUGGAGCGGGACACGGGCGGCACGCGACAUCAGGGCGUGCAGACAGAGGACGGCACGAGCACGGGCGGGAUGGCCAGGGCUGUGGCUAAGGCGGCACUGAGCCCGGUGCAGGAACAUGAGACUGGUCGGCGCAGCAGCUCGGGCGAAGCCAGCACACCUCCGGUGCCCAUCGUCGUGGAGCCCGCGCGGCCUGGGGUCAAAACCCAGGCGCUUCAACCUCCAGGCAUGGACCACCCCAAGGCACUGCAGGAACCUGCGGCCCAGGCAACUUUGCCACCUGAGGUCCCGCGGGGCCAGGAACGUUGGGUGCUGGAGGUGGUGGAGAACCGGACCAUGCUGAGCGGGCCCCGUUCCAAGCCUGCUUCCCCCAAGCUCUCCCCAGACCCCCAGACCCCGACCCCAGCCCCCACGAAGAAUGCCCCCAGCAGCAGCACAGGGUCUCCAGCCCCAACUGCUUCCCUCCUUGUCCCCAGCACCAAACCUGAUGCAGGCCUGAGCUCUAGGGUCCCUGCUGAAGCUGUGUCUCCAGCAGGCUUGACCAAAAAAGGGGUGUCCAGCUGUGCACCCCCAGGCCCAUAGCCAAGGAGGUCGUUGGUCCUUCUGUACAGCCACCUGUAUACAUUGUACACAUAUAAAUAAAGUGUGUCCGUACUGCGCGA